AUGGUCGCCGAAGAGCAGCCUCCCACCCACAAGAAGACGCGCAUUAUAUCCGUCGUUGCUGCCACCGCAAUCGCGCUUGCUUGUGGUACAAAUUAUGCCUACUCAGCAUGGGCACCGCAGUUCGCCGAUAAGCUCCAACUCUCUGCGACCCAGAGUAAUGUCGUCGUAUGCCAUCCUACGUACCUCCUGAACACGAAUGUCGUCUUACAAUGA